AUGACGGCAUAGCAGAAAUUGGAACCAAGUAAAGAAUGAGGAGCUAGCCCUAACUAGAUUAGUCUUCCAACAUAGUGGGAAUUUCUAAAACUGAUCUCAGAACAACGUUAUCGAAGGAACAUCGAGCGAAAGUCACGAGGUUUACUUCUUGUUCAGGUUGGACAGAGACGCGCUGGCCUGUUAGCUAGCUAGCCUUUCUACUGUACCUGGCCAUUGACUUCAUUGCUGUUGUUGCCACGUGAGCAGGACAAUAUGAGUGGAGAGAGGGAAACGUUGAUGGAUGAAAUGGAACAGAGUUUAUACACUUUAACCAAGGACAAUUUACGCUGCCUGUGUGAACGCAGUGGAAUAAGUGGCAUGGAUGGCUCCGAUGUUCAAGGAAAGAAUCACCAUCACUCAUUGUGCUGUAAAAUCCUGGAGGAACUUUGGGAAAAUGUAGAUUCAAUGGAAUCGGAGGAGCAGGGAAUGUCUUGGUUACUCCAACUGAAAGAGGACAUCAGAAAGAUACAGGAGAAUGGUAGUGGUGCACCUUUGAGUCCCAGCCAAUCCAUUGAUGAUGAUGCUGUAGACUGUGAUGCAGAUGAGAACCAGAAGGACAUGGAUUGGUUACCUAGCACAAGGCUGGAGGCGGAGCGCAUGAGUCCCAGCCAGUCCUUUGAGGACAAUGCUGCAGACUGCGAUGAAGAAUGGAAUGAGGAGGACAGGGAUUUGUUGCCUAGCAAAGGCCUGGAGGUGGAGCCAGCUCCAGAGAGACACACACCAGAGCAGAGGGAGAAGAGAGUGAGUGGGGCCCCCUCUCUGUCCUCUCCUGGUAAUGCCUUACUGCUGGGUCUGAAGAGGGUGUCUGUGUGGCUGGUCGACUGCAGGAAAACACCAGGGUUGAGAGGAACUGCUGGAGGAGGAGACGAGGAGGAGGAAGGAGACGUGAUUCAUCAAAGAAAAAGACGUGGCUAUUGUGGAUCCUCUGGGAAGCCUCAACAACAACAUCAUCAUGAUGCUGAUGACCCAGACUGGAGUCUCUCUGAAUCAAAACACGUCAACAAACAACCGCAGAGACGUACAGGGAAGAAAUCUCACUACUGCUGCACUCAGUGUGGGAAGAGUUUAGCUGGUUCAGCGCAACUUAAAAUGCACCAGAGAAUCCAUACAGGAGAGAAACCUUACAGCUGCUCACAGUGUGGAAAAAGUUUCAGUCUAAAAGGUAAUCUUAAAAUGCACCAGAAAACACAUACAGGGGAAAAAAUUCACCAUUGCUCUGACUGCGGGAAAAGUUUUGCACAAAACUCCACUUUAAAAGCACACAAGCAAACACACAAGCCUGCCGCAGAAAGGCUUUACCAAUGCUCCUUCUGCGAGAAGACGUUUUGUAUUUUGGCAACCUUUAAUUUCCAUAUGAAAAUGCACACCAAAGAGAAACCGUUCCAAUGUUCUGACUGCGGAAUGCGGUUCAUUCAUUUCAGUUUACUGAAAGCACAUGAACAUAAACACAAGCCCUCCGCCGAAAGGCCCUUCCGCUGCUCUGAAUGCGGGGCGUGUUUUACUACAAAAGGUAAUUUUAAAUUUCACCAGCUGACGCACAACCGGGGAAAGAGACCUUACCGCUGCUCUGAGUGUGGGAACUGUUUCUCUCAUCCGGUGUAUCUGAAGAAUCACCAGAAAAGGCACAGUAAAGAGAAGUCUGUUGUCUGCGACCUGUGUGGAAAGACCUUCAACCAUCCUGAUGACUUCAGAAUUCACAUGAAGAUACACCGAGGAGUGAAACUGCACAACUGCUCCGACUGCGGCAGCAGCUUCAUAUUCCGCCGCCGUUUAAUAACACACCAACGUGUGCAUACUGGAGAGAUGCCUUAUGUCUGCAAUCACUGUGGGAGGAGGUUUUCGCUGUCUCGUACUCUGGUGAAUCACCAGCGAACGCACACGGGGGAAAAACCUUACCACUGUUCUUUCUGCGGGAAGAGCUUCAGUCGGUCACAAAACCUAGCUGCACACAAGAGAACUCAUACUGGAGAGAAGCCUCAUGCUUGUGAUCAAUGUGGGAAGAAGUUUUCCCGAACCGACGCGCUGGCUGUACACAAACGCACCCACACCGGAGGCAGGGUAGCCUAGUGGUUAGAGCGUUGGGCUAGUAACCGAAAAGUUGCAAGUUCAAAUCCCCGAGCUGACAAGGUACAAAUCUGUCGUUCUGCCCCUGAACAAGGCAGUUAACCCACUGUUCCUAGGCCGUCAUUGAAAAUAAGAGUUUGUUCUUAACUGACUUGCCUAGUUAAAUAAAAAAUGUUAAAUGUAAGUCGCUCUGGAUAAGAGCGUCUGCUAAAUGACUUAAAUGUAAAUGUAAAUGUAAAUGUAAAUGAGAAGCCUUACAGCUGUGAUAUAUGCAGGGAGAGGUUCACCUAUUUAGUAGCCAUGUUGAAACAUAAGAAAGGACAUGGUCAUCUUGCAGGUGAUGUACUCUGUGCUGAACAGCCUUAGAAUGAUCGAAGCUCUAUGAAUAGACUUUAUUGUCCAUUGUUUAACUUUUAGACUAAAGGGAUUUGUCUUUUUGCUUACAAUCUACCCAUCUAGAGAGGGAGAGAGAGAGAGACACAAGCACACACGGUGGCAGGUAGCCUAGCGGUUAGAGCUUAGGGCCUGUAACCGAAAAGUCACUUGUUCUAAUCCUCGAGCCGACAAGGCAAAAAAUCUGUUGCUGUGCCAUUGAGCAAGGCACCUAACCCUAAUUGCUCCUGGGUCGCCGCUGAUCAUGGCUGACCCUGGCCGCGACUCCACUCUCCGAUGGCGUCUCAGGGGAAGUUGUGAUAUGCAAAAAACAAAUGACCAAUUCACACGUGUAUAUAAGACACACUUGUACAUGUGAAAUAAGGACAAUAUAAACACCAAAUUAUUAUUAUUAUUAUUAUUAUUAUUGUUGCAGACACACACACAUGGGUUGGGAGCAGAGCUUUGUAUGAGAGUGGUUACUUAGGGUUACGUUUUCUCAGCCCCGUCCCACAGCUGCCAGUGGACUGAAACACAAAGCCAGGAUUGUGGCUUUAAACUGCCUGAAAUUACAGGGUUGUGUACAUACAUUCAGUAUCUGACAGGGAGACCUAACCUCUGCUCUUCUAGUACUGGGGUGGAGUUUCCCAUAGCUACAGAUCUAUAUAGGAUCAGCUUCUUCUCCACAAAUCCAAGCCUUAAAGCCCCUGUCAGUCUUUGUAAUUUUACACUAUGAGGUCGAAAUAACACUCUGAAAUUGUGAAAAUUAUGAUAAUGCCCAUUUUGUGUGAGUGCAUUUUAUUUAUUUAUCAAAAUGCGUUUUUGGGCAGAAAUGCCUUCUGGAACAUGUGAACUUUCAUGUGCCUUAAUAGCAAACUUGUAUUCCAUCCAUAAAUAUGAAUAAAAUUGUUAAAUUACUAGCCUAGUUGGUUUAACCACGGAAAAAGUCAGGAACCUUCCCGCUAGCCAUGAUUGUCUGAGAUAAUGGAUGGGCUGGACAUGCUGGGAGAUGAGUGUGGAUUGGUCUGCCAUGUAGCAUGCUUCUGUCUAUAACGUGAGAUGUUCAGUAUGUGUUGAUAGUCCUUUCUACCGUGCCGUUUUUGAAAGAUAUAACGUUAGCCAUCGAGGACUACAAAAGUUUUGCUACUUUUCUCAACAACAUUAAUGCCCUGAAUUUAGCAGGCGCUAUCGACAAAUCAGUUGGAAAAAGUGAUGGGCUACUUUCUGCACACGCCACGGUCAGUGUGAACCAGUGACUUGACACAACGCUGGCCAAACAAGAUGUAGUUACAAAUAAAAGGGAGUUAAUGGUUCCAGUCUGCCGUGAAGCGUUCAUCUAUAUAUACGGGUAAGAGUCUAGCUCCAUUUUCAGAUACAAGUUUCUAAUUUUGUCAGAAAGUCGCUUUAUUGCCAGUUAAAGGUUAGUUAGCUAGCGAACGAUAGCUUGCUGGCUCUCUAGCUAACGUUCCGUGUAUGAUCUGUGUCGUAACAUUAUUCGAAUCAGAAAACCAUUUGCAUUGCUAGGUAUAGCCUAAUGUUAGCUAGCUAACAUUGAACCUAGUUUGUGAGCUUUAGCUACCUGCCGAUUCAUACCACAGCUAGAUACAUGUCUGAACAAAAGACUCCACUUCAACCGGAUUAUUUAACGACACGUCAAAUUAGCCAGGUGUGUCUGGGGGAGAUUAUGGCCAUCUAUUGUAUUUCAUGAACAUGUGUACAUUUGGGGCGGCAGCGUAGCCUAGUGGUUAGAGCGUUGGACUAGUAACGGAAGGUUGCAAGUUCAAAUCCCCGAGCUGACAAGGUACAAAUCUGUCGUUCUGCCCCUGAACAGGCAGUUAACCCACUGUUCCUAGGCCGUCAUUGAAAAUAAGAAUUUGUUCUUAACUGACUUGCCUAGUUAAAUAAAGGUAAAAAAUAAAAAUAAAAAAAUGUCUAGACAAUAGGGACCCAUCCACUUAGCUAGAUGUGGCUGGGGGAGUGGUUUAGCAUUUCUUUCACAUGACCCAUCAAUUCAGAUAAAUGUGUCGGGUAAGCGUCAUCUAACAAUUACAAAAUAUGUAAAAAAAUAUAUAUAUAUAUCUGGACACUUCCUGUUUUUGAUAUUGCUACUAUGCAAGUAACCAUUUCACUGUACCGUUUACACCUUCUGUAUGCUGUGCAUGUGACAAAUAAACUUUAAUUUGAUAUAGCGUGUGUUUAGGACAUGGCCCACUCAUCCUUUAUUAAGAGCACACAGUGCCACCUACAGAACAGAAACAGAUUAACUGACAAAAGCAUUUCCAACGAACUCCCCUCGGUUGAGUUAUAUACAGUUAUUUAAAAAAUAUGCAUAUAUAUUAAAACAUCUUGCAUAUCUUAAUUUAUUUCCACAAUUAACAAAUAAUAUGCAUAAUAAAGUUGGCAGUUCAUACGAAGGAUUGUUACCUAUAAUCUUUAGUGUAAGGGAACCAAUGUUAUUUUGUCUUAACUACGUCUGUUGAUUUGUAAUUGUGUGUUAUGCUAAUCUGAUGGUAGUGCAAGUGAUGUGCAAUGUGAUGGUUGAUGCUGCCUCUCUCAUUGCUACAGUAAUAUUGGUUUACACCUCAAAUGUUGCAUUGAUAUCGACUGUUUGCAGAUAUGACCUGUAUUUACUGUUUGUCUGAUGUUCUCAUUCAUUAACAAAGAACUCCAGUUCGUUUCAGAAUGGGUGGCGAGGAAUAAGUUAGUCCUAAAUAUUUCAAAAACUAAAAGCAAUGUAUUUUGGACAAAUCAUUCACUAUACCCUAAACCUCAACUAAGUCUUGUAAUAAAUAAAUGUGGAAAUUGAGCAAGUU